AUGCGCCAGUCACUGUUUUAUCACUUUUUAUAUCUCUGCGGAGCUGUCGAGGGAGUUGAUCUCUCAUCAAAACGAGGCCUCGCUUUCCAUGGAGAUGAUCACGAGGCCGAUAACAAGCUUCUCACUUCAAACAACUCGGAAAUCGCGUGGUAUUAUACCUGGUCCCUCUGGCCUUCACAACAAAUCGGAAACUCUCUACCAUUUCUUCCGUUAAUCCACGGUCUCGAUGACGCAUCAGACUCAGAACUUCAAAAUCGUCUAAAUAAUCUUCCCGACUCGUCAACUCACCUCCUCACCUUUAACGAACCAGACGGCGAAACUGACACCGGAGGAAGUGGCAUUUCACCCAAAGAUGCAGCAAAGGCUUAUAUGAAAAACAUCGUUCCAUUAAGAGACACAAAGCGCGAAUGGUCGAUAAGCCAUCCCAGUGUUACUGGCUCACCACGAGGCUUGGAGUGGCUGCGCGAUUUUAACGAAUCAUGCUACGAUAUCGACGACAAGGGUUGUCCCACGGAUUUCAUCGCUGUGCAUUGGUACGGCGACGCCGUGGGCUUGGACAACUGGCUCAACAGCCUUCGCGACUUUUACAAUGAGACUGCGCCUGAUGCGCCGUUCUGGAUCACGGAAAUGGCUCUCCCGAAAGAGGACGAAGAAGCAACAUUUGCUAUGAUGAACGAGACUCUACCGAAUUUGGACAAGAGAAAAGAUGUUGAAGCGUAUGCGUGGUUUGGAGCGUUUAGAAAGAAUGACGCCAACGAAUGGACUGGAAAGAAUGUUGCGCUGUUUGAUAGCGAUGGAGGUUUGACAAAGCUUGGUGCUGAGUAUUUGGGCGGUGAAGAGAAGGGUUUUGAAGAGGGAACGUCAGAGGGAAUUGUGAGGAUGCCUUCGAUGGGGUUUUUGGGAGUUGCUAUGUGUGCAGCGGCUAUUUAUUUGUGGUGA